GUCGACCAAACGUCAUCAAUAGGCGACAUGGCGGCUUGAUAGAGAAAACAAACGUGCAACGUUGGUGUAAAUCCUUGCAAGUUACCUCUUUCGGACUUGAGACCUUAUAACUUUCUCUUCCUUUUGCUACAACAUCGUGUAUAGCCGUUCAACCGCUAAUGAAUCCAAUAAUUAGACGGAGACUUCCUCCGUCUGUCAGGAGUCUUCUGACAGAUAUCGGUCCAAAGGAGGAGUGGACUGACACAGAGCCCGACACAGUGACCAGGGACGGGGUUCUGCUCCCGUCUAGAGUAGCUGCUACACAAGAGGUGUUUCUUACGGCAGCCAAAACCCAAGAGGAAGAGGAUGGUAGUAACGCCAGAAGAAGUGCAGUCUGCAUGUUGUGUAAAUGUAAGCCCUCUUGUUACACCUGCCCUCGGUGUAACCUACAUUACUGUGGCUUAGCUUGCUACCAGAGCCCAGAUCACUCCUUGUGCUCGGAGGAGUUUUACAAGGAGUCCGUUCUACAGGAGCUGAAGAAUAUGGGGAAAACAGAAAGUGAAGGGAGAAAUAAAAUGCAGGAGAUUCUUGUGGGACUCAGACAAAAGGCGGAAAAGACAGAUGGGGGGAUGGAAAGUUUGUUGAAGGAUGCUGGUAUUGUGUCAGAUGAUGACGCAGAUGAAGGGGCAGGAGAGGCAACGGAGAAAGUGCAGGUUGUGGAGCUCCUUUCCAGGUUAGCAGAGCUUCAACAGUCUGGAGAAGAGAGUGCAACAGAGAUUGAGGCUAUUUUGAGAAAACUUGAAGAGAUUGGAGAAGGGCAGCUGCUGCAUGGAGACAUAGAUGUGGGCGCUGAAGGAGCAGAAGGGGAGCUGGACUUGGCUGAUCGGCUCUCAGGACUGAAUAUUGACAAACUUUCAGAAGAGGAGCUGUGGGAAGUUCUCAACAGUAAAGAGAAAGAGAUGUUUAUGGGUCUGGUAAAGGAUGGAGCUCUUGGCGGGCUGGUUCCCCUGUGGAAGCCGUGGUGGGAGGAGCAUGAGGAUGGAGGGAGAGCACUGGUGGAGGUGCUUAAGGAGGAAGCGAGCAAACUUGAGAAGGAAGAUUCAACAACUAUGAAUGAACAGGAAGUUGAUGAUGAAGUCAAGACAUCACAAGAAAUGGUUCAGAGUCACACAAUCAUUCAUCGGGGAAAGUCAGCUACAAAGUUGAGACAGAUUAAAGGAGGAAACAAAAAGGAAACCAGCAAGGCAAAGGGAAGUUCAACCUAUCCCAGUGUCCCUCAAAUUUCUGCAAAAAUUCCAAAGUUGAGUUCCUUAUGUGCAAACCCAUCUCCCCUUGUUUGCUAUGGUUUGGUCAAUGCACUUUUUGGCUACACCUUCACCCUGUGCCUGUUUAACAAUGACACUGAUUCACUGUUGUUUGAGUUCUGUGACAUGAUUCUUGCUCUGUCUGAGGCACUGAACUCCAGCAGGGUGUUCAACUCUGUCCAAGAGGCCUUAGACGGUGGAGAAACUCUCAUUUUGGGUGGAGGUUACCUCGACAAGGAUGAUCCUCUUGCCCCAGCAAGGGCGGUGGAAGCCAUAGCUCACAUCAUGACUGGCCGAGACAGAAAGGAUGCUACAGGAUACUGCCUAGCAGCCUUGAGUCAGCUUCGCUCAGUGCUCUCCCAGGCCAGAACAGCCCUUUCUAAAGAGGGAGAGGAAGGAGCAAGGAGACAGAAGUACUUCCUGGCAAGCAAGAAGUGUGAAUUCUUUCAAGCUUGGGUAUUGGACAAUGCACACAGGAUUCGUAGACUAGCUAUUGAGUUGUGGAACGAACACAGUAAAAGAGAGAGUGUUAGGAGCAGCAUGGAGGAAGCAAAGACUGUAGUUGAUAAGAACUUGAAAAAAGGGAAGAACAAAGUGAAUAGUAAGUUAAUUGAAGAACUGAGCUAAUGAAGUCCUACUUGGAACAUAUUACUGUUUGUAAAAGUUCAUGAUGUAAUAAAAAUUGAGUAAAAAAAAAUAAAAAAUGAGUAAAUUACCUUUUCUCACUGUGAAAUUCAACAGCUAAAGGGUCAUCACUGGUCUGCUCGUAAUAUACGGUUAAACAAUGUGUCAGCAUGAGUUUAGUGAUGUAAAUAAGUUCCUACAAUACAAUAUAAGUAGACAUUUUUAUUUAAUGAUUUCUUGCAUUACAUAUUGGAAGUAUAGUUUAACAAGCACAGCCAAACAGAGCUAGAGUAUGAGAUUAUGACAAGCAGUAGUAAAUAAAUUGACAAAAAGUAGUGGAGUAUUUGCUUAUGUAGGUAUUUACAUUUUUCUUGGACCUGGUGGUUUGCUCAUACAAUUUGAAGAUGUAAGACUAAGUAUGUGUAAGUUGAAAAAGAUGCCUUGGACAAUGACUUUUUUAUUUUUGUUAGUU